AUGUUGCAUAACGUUGAAGAAGCGACGACAUGGCGGCGUAUGGCACUUCCUCUGGAGAAGUGGAAGGAAGGAUGGCAGCUGGACCAGCCAGUGGAGCUCAUUGCAAAGACCGACGACGGAAAACUGGCACACGAUGUGGAUGAUUUGUCACCAUUAUUUGACGAAUUUGCGAAUGGAGUGCAUUAUACUCCACUUCCAUGUGAUGAUCUGGAAGACGUUGAUGCUAGUGAUGACACGAGUGUAGCUUGGAUUGAUAGUUUGGACGAUGACGUGGUGAACGUGAAUGAUCUUUCGGCUGCAUUCGACAUGCUAGUGGGGGAAGAGACGAAAACGACGGAGACCUUGGAGAACCGCAAGGAUGAAAAUAUUGAGGAGAAUGACAGCGACACGGACUCGAGCCUUGACGUCAAAAUUAUUCUUUGUGCCCCUUGUUGGGCGACUACGGCUCCGUUGGACCCUCGUUCAUGUAUCCGCACCCCUAUCUUUCAGAACUUGGACUCGCGGAUUCCGCGCAUUCAAGUACCUCGGAUGGACUUGUCUUUUGCUGUUAGCUGUGCUUUCAUAAAGGUUGCUGAUGCCCCUGUCGUCAAUCGACGUGCGCAAUUGAUGUCACCAACAAGUGAGAAAGCCAAGGUUGCCAAGUACCAUCACAGUACCGAGACGUGUUGGAUCUGCAAGAGCUCGAAGACGCUAGAAAGAAAGCGUGCCCUGCACCGUUAUCAGGAGAAGCGGACGCGUCGUAAUUGGAAACGGGGACCUCGGUACAGUGGCCGUAGUAAUGUGGCGACAUCUCGUGUGCGCGAUGGUGGUCGGUUCAUGUGCACAACACGUUGGAUCUGA